AUGAGCUCAAAACUAAUUGAUGGCACCCAGCUAGCCAAAGAGAUCAGGCAGGCUGUGUCUCAGAGGAUUGCUGAGAUCCAAGCCACCUCCCCCACCUUCAAACCCUCCCUGGCCAUCAUCCAACAGGGUGACCGCCCUGACUCAACCACCUAUGUCAACAUGAAGCGCAAGGCGGCCGAAGAGGCCGGGAUCGCCUUCGUCCAUCUCAUCCUGCCCGAGAGCGCCUCCGAGGAAGAGCUGGCCCGGGAAAUCUCCCGGCUCAACGAGGACCCGUCCGUGCACGGUCUCCUGGUCCAGCUUCCCCUGAGCGCCUCGAUCGGCCAGGAGGGCGAGCGUCGGCUCACCGAGGCCGUCAGUCCUCACAAGGAUGUCGACGGCUUCCAUGCGUACAACAUCGGACUGCUCAGCUCCAGAGGCUCCGAACCGCUCUUCAACCCGUGCACGCCUGCGGGGGUCAUCCGACUCAUCGAGUCCACCGGCUUCCAGCUGUCCGGCAAGCAGGCCGUCGUCUUGGGUCGGAGCGAUAUCGUCGGCACCCCAGUCUGCUCUCUGCUCCGUCGCAAAGAUGCCACCGUCACCCAAUGCCACAGGUACACUCAGGACCUCCCCUCAAUCCUCAAGACGGCCGACGUCGUGGUCUCCGCAAUCGGCAAAGCAGAAUUCGUCCAAGGCCAAUGGUUGAAACCGGGAUGCAUCGUUAUCGACGUCGGAACAAACUUCAUCCCCGACCCCAGCAAGAAAUCCGGCCACCGAUUGGUCGGCGAUGUCCACUUCGACUCGGCUUCCCAGGUAGCCAGCCGGAUCACCCCGGUCCCUGGGGGUGUCGGCCCCAUGACCGUGGCCAUGCUCAUGGAAAAUACCCUGUUGAGUGCCAUAAGACACAACGAAAAGGCUAAGCAACGCUCUAUCAAGCCCUUGAAGCUCAACCGGCUCGAUAAGGUACCCAGCGACAUCGAAGUAGCCAUGGCACAUAACCCAAAAAACGUAGCCACCCUUGCUAGUGAGAUCGGCGUCUUGGAUUCCGAGUUGGAACUCUAUGGAAAAUCGAAGGCCAAGAUUAAUCUCGACAUCCUUGAAAGGCUUGCACAUCGCAAGAAUGGAAAAUAUGUGGUGGUUGCUGGUAUUACACCUACUCCUCUGGGAGAAGGUAAAUCUACCACUGCUAUCGGCCUGGUCCAAGCCUUGAGCGCCCAUCUUGGCAAAAUCAGUUUCGCAACCGUGCGACAACCUUCCCAGGGCCCAACAUUCGGAAUCAAAGGUGGUGCGGCCGGCGGUGGAUACAGUCAGGUCAUUCCCAUGGACGAGUUCAACUUGCAUCUAACCGGCGACAUCCAUGCUACAACGGCCGCCAACAACUUGCUAGCUGCCGCCAUCGAUGCUCGUUACUUCCACGAGUCAACACAAAGUGACACAGCGCUCUUCAACCGUCUUUGCCCCGCAAUUAAAGGCCAAAGACGAUUCGCACCUAUCAUGCUCCGUCGCUUGAAAAAACUGGGCAUUGACACCAACAAGACGCCCGAUGAACUCACCCAAGAGGAGCGCUCCCGAUUCGUCAGACUGGAUAUCGACCCGCAGAAGAUCACUUGGCAUCGAGUAGUCGAUACCAAUGAUCGUUUCCUGCGGAAUAUUACGAUCGGACAAGGGCCUGCCGAACAAGGUCGAGAGUUGAAAACCGGCUACGACAUCGCCGUGGCUUCCGAAUGUAUGGCCGUUCUUGCUCUCAGUAACGACCUUGCCGACAUGAGGGAAAGAUUGGGCCGGAUGGUCGUGGCUGACAGCAAAAGUGGAGAGCCCAUCACCGCUGAUGACAUUGGUUGCGCUGGUGCCAUGGCCGUCUUGAUGAAAGAUGCCAUCAAACCCAACCUAAUGCAAACCCUUGAAGGGACCCCGGUCUUUGUCCAUGCUGGACCCUUCGCCAACAUCGCACAUGGAAACUCCUCCAUCAUCGCUGAUAAAAUCGCUCUCAAACUCGCCGGAAUCGAAGAAGGAGAAAGCGAAAGCGACUACGGCUACGUUGUCACUGAAGCCGGCUUUGGAGCUGACAUUGGAAUGGAGAAGUUCUGCAACAUCAAAUGUCGAAUCUCCGGUCUGAAGCCCAACGCUGUCGUCUUGGUGGCCACGAUCCGGGCGCUCAAGAUGCAUGGUGGAGGUCCUGAAGUCACACCAGGUAAACCAUUGGCGGAUGUAUACUUGGAGGAAAACCUUGAGAUCCUCGAGAAAGGAUGUUCCAACUUGGCUAAGCACAUCGAAAACGCCCGAUCGAUGGGAAUCAAUGUUGUCGUUGCUGUCAACCGAUUCACAUCGGAUACCCCAGCGGAACUUGCCCUGGUUGAACGCGUAGCCAAGGCGGCGGGAGCUCACUCAGCGGUAGCCUGCAACCACUGGGCCAUGGGAGGCGAAGGAGCGAUCGAUCUUGCCAAGGCGCUGAUUGCCGCAUGCGAGGGACCGUCGAACGAAAGCUUCAAGUUCCUCUACGAGCUCGACCAGCCGUUGAAGGCCAAGAUCGAGAAGAUCGCCGUGGAGAUGUACGGCGCCCAGGGUGUCAGCUACAGCGAGGAGGCCGAGAGUCAGAUCGCGGCUUACGAGAAGCAAGGCUUUGGCGGAUUCCCGAUCUGUAUGGCCAAGACUCAUCUAUCCUUGAGUCAUGACCCUAAAUUGAAAGGUCGACCGGAAGGCUUCACUCUCCCUAUCCGCACGAUCAAGAUGUCUGCUGGUGCUGGAUUCUUGUACCCGAUCGUCGGAGACAUGCAAACCAUGCCCGGAUUGAGUACCCGCCCGGGCUUCUUCGAGCAGGACAUUGACCUCGCCACCGGCAAGAUCGUCGGACUCUCUUGA